UUGUGUGUCCACUGACCUGUAUGAAUGGAGGGGUGUGCAGCUCGCGGACUCACUGCCUGUGCCCACCAGGUUUCACUGGUCGGCUGUGCCAGUUCCCGCUACGGCAGAUGCCCGAGGCCCAGGCGGCGCGGGGCAACAAGCAGCCCGUAUACACCCUGUCGGUGCUGCCAGACGGCCAGAGCCACGGAGAGCAGGCGGCCAUGGGGCGACCACAGCUGACACAGACCCACUCUGUGUUCACCCUGCCCCUGGCACAAGGGGCAGGUCACCACUCAUCAGAAGUGCAGUUUAAUGUGCGUGUCCACCAUACACACGACACAUCCGUUGUCAUUCGUCCUCUCGACCAAUCUAAUUCCAAACCCCCUCAUAAAACUGUGACACGCUUGACCCCUCAGACGCACAAACCCAGGGGGCGGUGCUUCCAGGAGACCACACCCAAACAAGCUUGUAGCAGUACCCCUCUCCCUGUACUGACCAAUCAGGAGGACUGCUGUGGAAGUGUGGGGAACUCCUGGGGACAAAACAAAUGUUAUAAAUGUCCCAAGCUACCAUAUGCUGGAGUGAAGCUGCAGACCAUCAUAGAGGACUAUGGUUCCACCUGCCCUCUGGGCUACAAGAGACUCAACAGCACCCACUGUCAAGACAUCAACGAGUGCACCAUGCAGGGGGUGUGUCAGAACGGGGACUGCCUGAACACCCAGGGUAGUUUCCUGUGUGCCUGUAAGCCUGGCUUCACCCUGGACAGGACCAGAUGUGUGGAGUCUCCGUCUCCGGUGGAGCAGGCUCAGUGUUUCCUCAUGGCAACGGAUGCGGGUCGCUGUGAGCACGCCCUACCCACGCGCCUGUCCCAGGAGAUGUGCUGCUGCACCGUGGGCAAGGCAUGGGGCUCCAGCUGUGAGAGGUGUCCCCAAGACGGCACAGCCUCCUUCAGCAAGAUCUGUCCAGCAGGGAAGGGCUACUUCCUCCAUAGUGUCCGGGAGACGGUGGCGUUCCCUCCUCAGAUCCACACCAGCCUGGAGCAGGAGCACAAGCAGGAGGAAGUCAAGCCCCCGGAGGAGCCUCCAGAGACGACCACACCCAUGCAGCUCUCCACCCACGCCCCCCGCGGCCCUGAGAUCAUCACCAAGCCCACCCCUCCACCCAUCAUCAGGUUGAACCCAGACAGUGACCCCCUGGAGGUGGCACAGACGCAGGUCUCACCAGAGACAGACGAGUGCAGGCUGAACAGGAACCUCUGUGGCAAUGGGGAGUGUGUCAAUGUGCACACUGGCUACAAGUGUGAGUGCUACGCUGGCUACCGGCUCCACCCUCAGAGGAACGCCUGUGUGGAUGAUGAUGAGUGUGAUGCUGAGCCAUGUGGCCAUGGAAGAGGCAUCUGCAUCAACACAGAAGGAUCCUACCGCUGCCGUUGUCUCCAUGGCUACAAGCUCUUGGUGUAUCAUGGGAAAUUCAGAUGUGUAGAUGUGAAUGAGUGCUCCAAGCCGGACAUUUGUGGGCAGGGGGGUCAGUGUGUUAACCUGCCAGGGUCUUAUAAGUGUGAUUGUCACAAAGGCUUCAGGAGCAAGUCCCAACGCCAGCCAGCCUGUGAAGAUAUAAAUGAGUGUCUGGACCCCAGCAGCUGUCCCAAUGAGCAGUGUGAGAACACUCCAGGCUCCUACGAGUGUGUUCCCUGCUUCUCUGGUCACCAGGCCCAGGGUGGGGUCUGCUACGAUGUCAAUGAGUGCCAGAAGCGUGGGGUGUGUCCCAACGGGCGCUGUGAGAACCUGCCAGGAACCUACCGCUGCCUCUGUAAUGAAGGCUUCCUCCCAGCUGCGGACAGCAAAGGCUGCAGAGACAUUGACGAGUGUGAGGAUGAAAGACUGUGUGCCAACGGGCGCUGUGUCAACACAGAAGGCUCCUUCCAGUGCCAGUGCUACCCAGGAUACCAGCGCACUCAGGAGGGCAGCCAUUGUGAAGAUAUAAAUGAAUGUGAGCGUCCCUCUAACUGCCAGAGGGGGCGCUGUAUCAACAGCAUGGGCUCCUACCGCUGUGAAUGUCAGAAGGGCUACAUGCUUGUCGGAGGGAGGCGGUGCCAAGACAUAGAUGAGUGUGCGACAGACAGGGGUCUGUGCCAGCCUCAUGGUGUGUGUGAGAACAGACAGGCCUCCUAUGUGUGUGUGUGCAAAGACGGCUUCAUUCUGUCUGAGGACAAGCACAGCUGUGAGGAGAUUGAGGUGGACAUGGAGGAUAAGAAGGAGUGUUACCUGAACCUGGAUGACACAGUGUUCUGUGACAGUGUCCUGGCCACCAACGUCACCAAGCAGGAGUGCUGCUGCUCCAUCGGCGUGGGCUGGGGGGACCACUGUGAGAUCUACCCCUGCCCCGUCUACCACUCAUCUGAGUUCCAUUCCUUGUGUCCAGUGGGCCGAGGUUUCUACCAGGAGGAGGGAGUAACUGAGUACGGCCUGUCUGUCCAUAUUGAUAUCGAUGAGUGUGUGCUCUUCUCCAAUGAGAUCUGUAAGGAGGGCCGCUGUAUGAACACACAGCCUGGCUAUGAAUGUUACUGCCAACAGGGCUUCUACUACGACAGCAACCUACUGGAGUGCAUCGAUGUGAAUGAGUGCCACGAUGAGUCUCUGUGUACCAACGGUCAGUGUAAGAACACCAGAGGCUCCUUCUACUGCACCUGUAACUCUCCCUGGACCCCAGAUGCUUCCAAUAAGAAGUGUGUCAUUCCCACUGUGGCAGGUGUGGAUGAGUGCCAGGAUCAAUUGAACUGUAAGAGUGGCCACUGUGUGGACACCCCUGGGUCCUACUACUGCAUCUGCUCUCCCCCCUGGAUCCUGGCCACUGACCGCAACAGUUGUGUGACCUUAGAGGAGCAGGCUGAUAUCAAUGAGUGCCAGGACCCCUCGUACUGUAAGAAUGGGAGGUGUGUGAACACACCCGGCUCCUUUCACUGUAUAUGUACCCAGCCCCUCACCUUCAGCGCAGCGCUCAAACAGUGCGUCUAUGACGACCGCACGGCGGCCCAUAAGGACGUGUGUUUCCUGCAGGUGGAUGAGGAUCUGAUCUGCAGCCACCCCAGAAACGGCCUGGUGUUCACCUACUCUGAGUGCUGCUGUCACUAUGGCCGUGGCUGGGGCCCUGAGUGUAGGACCUGCCCCCAAAGAAACUCAGUGAUCUUUAACCGGCUGUGUGACAUGCACUUGGAGACAGAGUCUGAUGGUGAGGGAGAUUUCCUGGCAGCUUUCGCCAACUACAACCCAGAAGGCGAUAGUUCAGAAGAGGACUCAGAUGAGUGUAGUUGUGCCAAUGGCCGUUGUGUGCGUUCCUACUUGAGCACUAUGUGUGAUUGUAACACAGGCUUUAGACUGGACCACUCCCGCACCCGCUGCACAGAUAUUGAUGAGUGUGCUGAACCAGGGGUUCGAGUUAAUCCAUGCAAGAAUGCCCGGUGCGUCAACAGCAUUGGUUCGUUCAAAUGCUACUGCAAAAAUGGCUUUGUCCCUGCACGAAGGCCCAACAUAUGUGUACCAGGCACCAAGGCCCAACAUAUCCGUUCCAGGGCUCUAUAACAGCUUUAUCUCUGUCAAACACACACAAAUAAGCACAUGUAACUCCUCUGUCUUAUAAGUUCAGUAUUCAGUAUGUGCCUGUCUCUCCUUGAAGUGUCCCUCGAAAACAUUGUGGUGUCUUCAAUGGGCUCAUUUGAAAUGUUUGAAAUGGACAAAAUGUGUUUUUGCUGUUGUUGUCGGCUCCUCCUUCACUGAAAUGAGAUGCACCAUAGGCUUCCAGUUUGGCUCUGAACAACUAUUUUUCCCUCAUCCCUAGUUCAGUUACUGAUUUGGGGGGAAAAUACAGACGAAGGUCACAUAUUCGUUAAAUUUGUAUGUAUUUUUGUAUUUAAUUUUUUAAUUUUUAUGUUUGUGUCCAUUGACUGUUAAAUGUGUGUUUUGUUUAGUUGUUGAGUUUUGUCCUUGUUGCAUUGAUUUUAUACAUCCAUGAAUCUUAAGCUCUCCUGCAGUUUGACGAGGUGGUUUCUCCCUUCCUGUAUGCCUGAAUGCCUGUAUGAGUAGCAGACCAUUAUCCUACAUUUUUUUAUCGUCCUCUGUCGCUGUCCUCCUCCAUUGUCCAGUUUUGUACAGUAUGUAAAGUGGAGAUUACUUUGUUGACUGUUAGCUCAGUGCCUAUCAUGCUCCUGUAAUCAUCUGUUUUGUGGGAUGUUUUGGAAAGAGAUUAUACUUCAUUGUAAAGCCAUUAAACACCCUUUAGAUUUUUGACAUGUGCACUUUGAAUACAAUUGAAGCUGACUAAAGGUAAAGGGGUAAGAGGUCGUAUUCAGACCUAACUCAUGGAUUCAGAGGGAAUCCUCAGGAGUACGGUGGUAAAUCGACCCCAAAGUAAAUGGAAUGGCAUGUUUAGUGACUUCUCUUAACAAAAUGUCCGUUUGUUUGUCUAUGCAUUGUAAGGAACGAACGAGGCUUUUGAGCGGAAAAAUAAAUUAACGGCAGAAGUCAACCACCCAAA